GACCAAUGGGAAAAUGCGAUAAAUGAAACUGACGAAAUUUAAAAAUUGAGGAGUAAACAGUCACUGGAGUAAUUGGAUUUUACGUUAUACUUUAAUGGUUCUACUUUUCGGUAAUAUUAAUACUAACCAUCUCCGGUGUUUUCGACAAAAUGGAUGAAGAACUCGCAAAUCGGCAGCAAUUAUUUGCAUUAGUGUCAAAAAAACUUAAUGAUUUUAAGUCGACUUUCUUGAGUGAAGAGAAUGCGAGCGCUGAACUGAAUCUUACUAAAUGCCCAUCAUCACUUGACAAUACAGAAAAUGUUAAACAGAUGAUGUUAUCCGGCUCUCCUGAAGAAUGUUUUCAAUUUUUGAUGAAAAUUGAAACGGAUGGAAACCCUAAUAAAGAUCCUAAGUUUCAUAAAAAGCUGAUUGACCUGUACAGCAAGUUGUCUGCAUCACUGCCUCCUGAAAAGCACAGCAAAAAUGAAAGCUAUGCUCGCAUUUUAAUAAGAUUUGCAGAACUUAAAGCCAUUCAAGACCCAGAUGAAGCACGAGAUGAUUACAAGUUGGCUUCACUAAACAGCAAAAUUUUUGCCUUUGUUCACAUUUGUUACGCACAGUUUGAAUUAUCACAAGGUAAUAGAAAGAAAUGUGCAGCAAUACUGGAAAAGGCAAAAAAAAUAAAUGCAGCUCCUAUCGAAAUGGUGCACUUGGCAAUCUACAAUUUAAAAUAUGGGAAAACGCAGCUAAUAGUUUCACCUUCAAAUAAAGAAAAUAAAUCGGAUCCAUCACAUUUCAGCAUACUUGACUUUAACACCAGUAAUUUGUCUUUUGCAAAUGCUUUCGUGCAUCAUGAUGGAAAUGAACAAGUGCGACUUGAUACUGCUAAAAACCAAGGUAAUAGAAAGAAAUGUGCAGCAAUACUGGAAAAGGCAAAAAAAAUAAAUGCAGCUCCUAUCGAAAUGGUGCACUUGGCAAUCUACAAUUUAAAAUAUGGGAAAACGCAGCUAAUAGUUUCACCUUCAAAUAAAGAAAAUAAAUCGGAUCCAUCACAUUUCAGCAUACUUGACUUUAACACCAGUAAUUUGUCUUUUGCAAAUGCUUUGUGCAUCAUGAUGGAAAUGAACAAGUGCGACUUGAUACUGCUAAAAACCAGCUUGAAAAAAGAAGUAUUUCACCAGAAGGUCAUGAACUUAACAAAGAUGCAGAAUUCAGAAGGAUUCAUAGAAAGCCUGAUGAAUCCUGCGCCGAGUUUAGUGACUCCAGUAUCUCAAAACAAUUUGGAGAAAUCUGAUGCUCUUGGUCUCAGUGAUGGCAUGAAAAGGGUUGAGAAAAGAAAUAUUUCUCCAGAAGAAGGAAACUGUGAUUGGAGAGCAGAAUCAAAAUUUAGAAGAAUGCUGGAUAAAGUUCCUAUGCAGCUUUUAAUGACUCCAGAUUCUGGAUGCUCUUUGAAGAUGUCUGAUAGUUCUGCUCCCAGCCAGAGCAUGAAAAGGCAAACAUCAAGAUCUAAAACCUGUCAGAAGUUUUUGCCUUCUCUCUCCUUAACUGGUUGUCGAGCAUCAAAUGGAGAUGGUGAUAAAUUUUUAAACUCAAAGUUUGCUUCAAACAUCAGUCCAGUAAGUACUGUUGAAGACACUUCUGCAUCUAAUUCGACAUCACCUCUCUUGAGUUCAAAUGAUGACACAAGUGUCUAUGGAAAAACUAGUGUACCUUUGCAAAUAAAUGCAACACCUAUACCAUCAAUUCAAGAUAAGGAAAGCGGAGAAUCAAAUAGUUCUAAAAUGUCCAGUGCCAUGAAUUGUUUGUCGUCAUUGUCAUUGAAUAAUACAUCUGAAUGGAAGAUUCCAGCACUACUAAGUAAACAAAUAUCCCCUGAGAAUAAACCACAUGCUGAUGAGCAUCCUAUUGUGCAUUGUAUACCAAACAAGUUACCUGCACCUCCUAGAAGUGCUUCAGGUCUUACUUGUGAUACACCAAGUAAUAAAAUACCCCAAGUUAACAGGUAUUAUACACCAGGUGUUAAUGAGUCUUGUUUGAGGACACAGAUUCCAAAUUCUUCCAAUAAAAGUCAAUUGGAAAAAAUUUCAUGUACUCCACUUCAGCAGUCUACUCCAUUUAACCAGAUGAAAAAAACACAGCCUCAACCAGAGGUGCCAUUUCAAACAUACUCUUGUGACAACAUCUCUAUUAAUGGGAAAAGUUAUUCUGUAUUCAAGCAAAUAGGCAAAGGCGGAUCAAGUAAGGUAUUUCAAGUGUUCAAUUGCAGAAAACAGCUGUUUGCAGUUAAAGUUGUUGACCUGGAAGAUGCUGACAAUCAGACUAUUGAAAGUUACAAGAAUGAAAUAGAUCAUCUUAAUAGGUUACAGCAAAACUGUGAUCAGAUAAUAAAACUCUAUGACUAUGAAAUAAAUGAAAAUUAUAUAUAUAUGCUAAUGGAAUGUGGACACCUAGAUCUGAAUACUUGGCUUAGAAGCAAAAAAGCAGUGGAUCCUUUAGAACGAAAAUAUUACUGGAAGAAUAUGUUGGAAGCAGUUUACACCAUUCAUCAACAUGGCAUUGUUCACAGUGAUUUGAAACCUGCUAAUUUUGUAAUAGUGGGCGCAACACUCAAACUCAUCGACUUUGGAAUUGCAAAUCACAUCCAACCAGAUGUAACAAGCAUUGUGAAAGAUUCCCAGGUAGGCACUUUAAACUAUAUGCCACCUGAAGCAAUCAAAGACAGUUCAUUCAGUGGAAAACCUAAAUCAAAGAUCAGCCCUAAAAGCGAUGUAUGGUCACUUGGCUGCAUUUUAUACUACAUGACCUAUGGUAAAACUCCAUUUCAGCACAUAACAAGUCAGAUUAGUAAAUUGCAAGCCAUUAUUGAUCCAGCACACAAAAUUAAAUUUCCUGAUAUUUCAGAACAAGAUCUUCAUGAUGUGUUGCAGAAAUGCUUAAUCCGCAAUCCAAAAGAGAGGAUCUCAAUCAAGGAGCUUCUGGAGCAUCCUUAUGUACAGCUUCAGGCACAACCAGGGCCAGAGCAGCAAGUUAGUGCCGAAGACUUGAAGCGCAUAGUCAAUCACCUGGCUUCAUUAAGUUCCCCAAGGUCUCUCUUUAGGGCUACAAAUAGUUUGGCGCAGAUGAUCAACAGUCGAAAGGAUUUUGAUGUUGCUGAUAUCAUGAAGCAAGAUGUCACGAAGGACAGAAAUGAAGGCAAUUAAUGACUUCCUGCUUUCAAGGACUGUAAAAAAAUCUGCCACUGUGUUCCAGCUUGCUUAAUAUAAAACAAUUUUAUGUUCACAGGCAACAGGAUAAUUAAACUAAAUAUCCUUUACAAUCUAUAUAUACUAUACACACCAGAUGCAUAAAAUACUGUUGUUUUUCGUUCAAGAUUGUUGCACUUUGUAUUUAGAAAGAUGUCUUGUGAACUUGUUAAGUAAAAAAUACAAAUUAUA